UGCGCGUGUGCUUGUACCUUCGGGGUUGAGGCGAUAGCCAUGGAGUCUUCGUCAUCCUCGAGUGUUGGAAAAGGUGAAGGUGAAGGCGAAGGCGAAGGCGCUGGUUUUAGUGAGGAACAGACCGAUAAUCCCAAGAAAGAAGAAUUGCUGUUGACAGUGAAAAAGCUGAAGCAAGAAGGAAACCUGGAGCCUAGGAUUGAAAACAUGAUCAGCAGAAUUACUGAACUGCUGCAAGCUAAGAAAAUUGCAAGUGAGGAGCUCUCUGAGAUCCAAGCUCCUGGGCAAUCCCUGCAGAAAGAACUGGAUGGAUUGAGCUUGGAGGAGGCACAAGUGAAAGAAGUCUUGAGCAAGAAGCAAGAAACUCUGAGGAACCUUUCCCUGCACUGCCAGGAGAAAGAAAUUGAGGCUCUCAGGCAGCUGGCAAUGACUGAGGAACGCAAGAAGAGGAUAACCCAGCUCAGCUCUAACAUCCAGGAAGAAAGACUCAAGAAAAGGAAGCAGAUGAUGGAGUCCAGCCAACCACUAGAGGGAAUGAUGGAGAAGCACAAGAGGGCAGACACACUGUCCCAGGAAAUGAGCAGCAGCAACAGGGAGCAGCUGCUGAUGGAGGAGAGGCGCAGUCAGGAGAAGCCUGGCAGCAUCCAGGCCCAGCUGGGCGCGUUGAGCGGGCCUGAGGGCGGGGCCGAAGCCCCAGCUGCCAGCGGUGUGGAUGCCUUCCUGCCCAGUGCCGAGGCUGCUGCGGCCGUGCAACUGCUUGAAGAAGAAAACAAGAAAGCUAUAGAAUUCCUGGAGGCAGCCUCUCUCCAUUAUCGCCAGCUGCAGCAGAAAUACCAGAGGAUGAAGAAGCAGCUGGAAGCUAUUGGCCACAGCGGCAUGGGAAGGUCUCAGGAGAGAAGCCCAAAGGGGGCUGCUGGAGGGGAAAGCAGCCUUGUUACCGAGGCUGUCAUGGAGAUUCCCCCAAAAGAUCAGCAAGCCAAGCCUGGCAUUGGCCACCCCGCUGGCUCAUCCCAGAGAGAGGUUCACGGGGAAUCGGAGCGCCCGUCACCUCAGUGAGACGAAGCUUUGUCUGCACCGCGCUGGAGACCCUUUGCCUUGUAGCUUGGCCUCCCUGAAUAAAGAAUUCCUCCCUCUCUG